CUUAGAGCUGAAUUAAACAAAGUAACAUCUUUGCAUCACCAAGCAUUUGAAAUAGAAAAAAACCUAAAAGAACAAAUAAUUGAACUGCAAAGUAAAUUAGAUUCAGAACUGAAUGCCCUUGAAAAACAAAAAGAUCAAAAAAUCUCCCAACAAGAAGAGAAAUAUGAAGCUAUUAUCCAGAACCUGGAGAAAGACAAACAAAAGUUGGUCAUGAGCCAGGAACAAGACAGAGAACAGUUAAUUCAGAAGCUGAAUUGUGAAAAAGAUGAAGCUAUUCAGAUUGCCCUAAAAGAAUUUAAAUUGGAGAGAGAAGUUGUUGAGAAAGAGCUAUUAGAAAAAGUUAGACAUCUUGAGAAUCAAAUAGCAAAAAGCUCUGCCAUUGACUCUACCAGAGAAGAUUCUUCAAGCUUAGUUGCUGAACUUCAAGAAAAGCUUCAGGAAGAAAAAGCUAAGUUUCUAGAACAACUUGAAGAGCAAGAAAAAAGAAAGAAUGAAGAAAUGCAAAAUGUUCGAACAUCUUUGAUUGUGGAACAACAAACCAAUUUUAACACUGUUUUAACAAGAGAGAAAAUGAGAAAAGAAAACAUAAUAAAUGAUCUUAGUGAUAAAUUGAAAAAUAUAAUGCAGCAACAAGAACGGGAUAAAGAUUUGAUAGAGUCACUUUCUGAAGAUCGAGCUCUUUUGCUUGAGAAAAAGAAAAAGCUUGAAGAAGAAGUCAGUAAGUUGCGUAGUAGCAGUUUUGUUCCUUCACCGUAUGUAGCUGCAGCCCCAGAACUUUAUGGAGCUUGUGCACCUGAACUCCCAGGUGAAUCAGAUAGAUCCGCUCUGGAAAUAGCAGAUGAAGGAAGAGUAGAUUCAGCAAUGGAGACAAGCAUGAUGUCUGUACAAGAAAAUAUUCAUAUGUUGUCUGAAGAAAAACAGCGGAUAAUGCUGUUAGAACGAACAUUGCAACUGAAGGAAGAAGAAAAUAAAUGGUUAAAUCAAAGACUCAUGUCUCAGAGCAUGUCUUCAGUAUCCUCAAGGCAUUCUGAAAAGAUAGCUAUUAGAGAUUUUCAGGGAGGAGAUUUGGUACUCAUCAUCCUAGAUGAACACCAUGACAAUUAUGUGUUAUUUACUAUUAGUCCUACUUUAUUUUUUCUUCAUUCAGAGUCUCUGCCUGCCCUGGAUCUCAAACCAGCUUCAGGUGCAUCUAGAAGACCCUGGGUACUUGGAAAAGUAAUGAAAAAGGAAUACUGUCAAGCCAAAAAGGCACAAAACAGAUUUAAAGUUCCUUUGGGGACAAAGUUUUAUAGAGUGAAAGCUGUAUUGUGGAAUAAGAAAGUAUAACUUAUGGACAAAAUUAAUACAUUCUGUGACAUUUUUUCUGAUUUGUCCUGCAGUGCUCAUUCAUCACUCCGCAAACAGCAGACCAUCUUUUUAUGCAAAAGUCAGCGUGACAAUAUACUUCAUUGGUCUACAUCAUCUACUUUUUAACUGGCUUCACUUUAGGAGUAAUAAAUUUAUCAAAAUCCUUGGCUGAAUUAAAAUGGUUUUUGGUUUUUGAUUUUUUUUUUACCCAGACAACUCUAGAAAUGCGGACCAAACUAGUUCAUU